CACAGAGGAACCAAACAGAGAACAACAUAAUUUUUACAAUUAUUUCGCCAAAAUAUUAGUGAUUUUGAGUGGGAUUAAGUUAUAUACGAAGACAUCUUACCUUAUUUAGUAGAAUAACCGUUGGUGGCUGUAACAUCAGCAUCGCGUUUGUGGGAAUGCUUCAGAGUGUGCCGGCUGGAUAAUUAAUGCGGUUUUACUUUAAAUAAAGGGCAAUCCCAUAUGAUCCGUCCUUGAACUCUGGGGUGGCGGAAUUUGCUUUUUGAGAAGUUCGGGUCUGUCUACAUUAACAUAUGUGAUUUGGCAUCAUGGCAACAUCCAGUGGAGACAGCAGCAUCCUGGAGGAGGAGCUAACAUGUCCGGUGUGUCUGGACCUUUAUCGUGACCCCCACCUGUUGCCCUGUGGCCAUAAUUUCUGUCUGCCAUGCCUGCGCAGGCUCAAGACUCGCUCGGCCCAUGGCCAAUUGCGAUGCCCUGAGUGCAGACAGAGUCACCGAAGCUCCGUAACCUGGCAGAAGAACUUCAAACUGGCAAACAUUGCUGACAGUUUCCGCCGCCGGGGGCAGUCGGAGCAUUCCAGUCACAGCCGGAGCAGCCUGUCUCAUACCCCCACAGAGGUGCGUUGUGACUAUUGCCCAAUAAACGAAGUUGAGAAUGACCCCAAGGCAGUUAAAACCUGUUUAAAAUGCGAAGUGUCUAUGUGCCAGAAGCACGUUCAGCCUCACCUGGAACUCCCAGCAUUCCGAGAGCAUCCUCUGGUGGAGCCACUGAAUGAUAUGCGAAAGCGAAAGUGUAUGGAACAUGAUGAAAUGUUCAGGUACUACUGUUUGGAUGAACGGCUGCUCUUGUGUAAUGCCUGCACCAUAGAGGGAACACACAAUGGACAUUCAGUCAAAACUCUGAAGAACGCCAUGAAAGAUCUCAAGCUUCAUCUCGACAUUCAGCUGCACAAGGUGAACAGAAAGAUUGUGAGGGCAGAAAAGAACCGACAGGAACAAAAAGAGAUUGAGCGUCAGAACAAGGCCUACCUGGACGAUACAGAUCAGCAGCUGGACUCUUUCCGAGAGACCUCGAUUGCACAUUUGGAUGCAUUUCUCGCUUCUGUGCGUGAAUGCAUUCACACUUACGAGGUUGAGCAGGGUGGUGGAGUCCAGCAGAACCUUGCCCGAAUCGCACAAGAUCAGACUCAUCUACUGGAGGUUCACUCGGGCCUUGAGAGAUUUCUAAAGGAGAGCGACCCAUUCCAGUUUAUUAGGGAUUAUAAUUCAUCUGCAAAAAGGUACCGGAGACUGUUAAGAAAGCCUCUGUUUUUUCCUGAUGAGCCCACAGUCGACACUGAGCCGCUGUAUGAAAUCAUGGAAGGGAAGAUGGCGGAGUUCAUUGCCGAGUUACGCCAACACACCAGCACGCUCAUCAGCAGUGUCUGUCAUUUUGAGGGAGAUGGUGAGGAGGAGGUGGACGAGGAUGAUGAAGAAAGCUUUGAGGAUGACUACAAUGACAGCGCUAGUGAGGUAGAGGAUGAGGAGGAGGAGGAGAUGAGGAGUGAGGAAGAGGAGGAGCAGAACCACAGCACGGGACAAGAGUCUGCAGAUGAAGAAUACACUCCUGAGGAAGAUGAGGACGAUGAGGAAGAUGACUAACAAAUCAUUUGCACUGCCGUAAGACUCUUGAGUUGCAAAAACCUUCGUACCAGGGCGUGCGUGGAGUCAAUAUUUAUUCCUUUACUCUAUAAGAGAUUGGUGGAAUGUUUCUGUGCUUUGCUAUUAUUUAAGCAGAAAAUAAGAAUAAAUGUUUCGUGAAAUGUU